AUGAGUCCUGUUUUUUUUAUUGCGCAAACAUUCCCAGCAGAAAAAAGUGUAACUGCUUUGACGUUCCUACUCUCUUCAUGGAUGAAUCUCGUUCUUUACACUUGUGAAGCGGUACUUUGUGCCUAUCUCCUGCUCUUUACGACGCAGAAAAUCACAAGAGGAACAAAGCUCUCCAUCAUUGUUACCUUUUUGGUGGACACAAUCGGCACUGUUGCAAUAUGCUACAGCACGGAUAUGGCUCUUGAGUCUGCCAUCGCAUCCUCGUGGUACAUAGUAGAUCAAGUCAAACUGGCAAACCAUUGGAGCACAUUGCUCUCCGUCGUUGUUACCUAUCUGGCUGCAUUACUUGAGCAGAGUUAUUUUCUGAAACGAUAUUGGUCUAUAUCGCAUAAUCGAACAGUGACCUCAAUAUUGGCUCUGUUGGUUUUUUCUAAUCCCGCUCUAGUUAUAAGCAUUACCGUCUUCCUCUUAAGGAGACCAUUAUCCGACGUCGCUCUGAAGUUGAAAGAAGAUACACCUCUUGUCUCUGCAGCUAUCAUGGCCACAACAGAUAUUUCAUUAGCUAUUGUCACCAUAACCAGGCUCAAAUCAGUUAGAACCUCCCAGAAUACAACACAAGCACUACUUCAGAAAUUCUGUUUCUAUGUAGGUGCAUACGGUUGCGUGACUGCUGUAUCAACGACCGUCCUACUAGUAUUCUGGUUGAUUAAUCUGAAUGGUUAUUCCUUCGUGUUUCGCAUCCUCGGCAGAAUUUACUCCCUGACUGCUCUUGUCAAUUUCCUACUUGUCCAUGAAUUGCGUGCAGAGGUGGCGAAGCAGCCUGCAGCGUUUCGGUUCCCUCGUACCCAUCUCCGUGUCUCCGCGACCUCUGGAGGGCUUACAGCUAUCCCCGUUACGGAGCCUAUUAUCCAGGGACUUACAAUGUCGUUCGAGCCACACAAACGCUCCGUGUCGACCGUGGAUGUUUGA